AUAGAGUCUAUUCGGUCGAUCGAUUACUCGGUCUGUUCACCACCCUGAGGUGUCCAUCGGUUAUUACAGUCCUCCGUAAACACGUGCAGGGAAAACGCUGUUGUUUUUUAUAUUUGUGCUGACUUUACUUUAUUUGUACGCUUACAAGUUUGUUAUUGACACGUAUAUAGGGAUGCAAGAAGUCGGUGUUGAUCCCGAGAAGAAUGAUUUUCUGCAGCCCUCAGAUAGUGAGGUACAAACAUGGAUGGCAAAGGCGUUUGAUAUGGCAGUUGAAGCUCUUGAAAACGGUGAGGUUCCUGUUGGCUGUUUGAUGGUUUACAACAAUGAGAUUAUUGGAAAGGGAAGGAAUGAAGUGAAUGAAACCAAAAAUGCUACUCGGCAUGCGGAAAUGGUGGCCUUGGAUCAAGUGCUGGAUUGGUGUCGUUUGAGAGAGAAGGACUGUAAGGAGGUGUGUGAACAGACCGUACUUUAUGUGACAGUGGAGCCGUGUAUCAUGUGUGCAGCUGCUCUGCGCUUGCUUCGCAUACCUUUUGUUGUUUAUGGGUGUAAAAAUGAGAGGUUCGGAGGCUGUGGCUCUGUAUUAGACGUCUCGUCAGAUCAUUUACCACAUACUGGAACUUCAUUUAAGUGCAUCGCAGGCUAUAGAGCGGAAGAAGCUGUUGAAAUGCUCAAGACUUUUUAUAAACAAGAAAACCCAAACGCUCCCAAACCUAAAGUAAGGAAAGAUUCUAUCAAUCCACAAGAUGGCGCUGCGGUCAUUCAGGUAAUGCGAGGACCACCAGAUGAGGAGACGGAAACAAUCGCUCAUUUGAGCUGAAAUAUUAAAAGCAUUCCAGCACUUACCUUGUCACUGCCUGGAUUUCAGUGACAUUUGAUUUUGAUAUCACUGACUUGAUCAACUCCUAUUUGAGGAACCACAGUGCCUCAUUAUCCAGACCACGUCUCUUGUGAACCUCCAGGCCUCCUCUUCUCUGCGGUCGGACGCUGUGAUUUGUCUGUUAACAGCGAGUAGAAGCAAAACCAGGUCUGUUCUGCAUUAAAACACAGGUUCUUCUCCAGCUUUUGCUCUCUCUGUGUCCUCAUACAACCCGAAGACUGCCCCUGAACUCUCGCUGAUCUCAGUUUUUGGCUCGCUAGCAAAUGCAGGGCAGACCCAGGUGGAGUUUCCAGUUACUUCAUAGACAGAAACUUUACAAAUUCAUCUCUGCCAGUAACGUUACUUUCUCACCCUACUUGUGUGCCUUUGUCAGUGAAGCACAAAAGCUGUAGUGUUUGAAGAAUAUUGACCUUAUUUUUUUUAAGUUGGCGAGAUGCAAACAUGGGGCAGUUGCAACAAGACGUAUUGCUCCAUUCAGGUAUGAGCUAGAAUAAUGAUAUUCAUACUAUUGUUACAUAUUUUUAGUUAGACCCUCCUUCAAUCUGAGAGAAAUCAGCCAUAUGUGAAGAUUCCUUCAGUAUAAAACUCAUUUUAGGUAAUUUUUUUUAAUGUUCAGAAAAUUUCUCACACUGUCUAAUCUUUUUUUUUUGUGAAAUAUUAUUAAUUAUAAUAAUUUUAAUCAUCGUUUUCUUAGUUUUAAAUUGGUAUAGCUAUGAAACCUUAAAGCUAUUGUAUCUCCCUAGCAUAGACAGUUUCAUUUAGGGUUGACAAGAGUUGAGACAGUUGAAACAUAUUGUUCCAGUUGCAAAAUUAAUUUAAAAGCUUGCCAUAAUAACAAUGUACAGUUUUAAUUUUAUCACAGUUUUAAUGUGAUUUAUUAGAAAGAAUUAAUUAUUAGAUUAAUUAAUUCUUUUCAAAGUUCAAAGAAGUAUGUUAGUAAAGGUUAAGUCUAUAGAUUUUCAGUAAAAAAAUAAGUUUGUUCAGUUUUUUUUAGGCCUGAAAAUUGUUUGUUGCUUGUUUUUUUUUAUUAGUCUGUAUUUAUAAGGCCAAUUUAACCAAGUAACAUUGUCUGUUUACCAAAAAAAAAAUAUAUAUAAAAAUCCAACCUCAUGUAUUAUUAAUAUUACAUUUUAAUAAAUUUUGCAACUGUCCCUGUGGGUUGUUGCAACCGUCCCCCUGCUUGGGGUCAGUUGCCACAUUUUACUUUGUCUGUUCAAGUUUAAAUUGCUGCAUAUAUUGUCAUAUGUAGACAUAAUGCGGGUGGGUGUCCAAUAGAUGUGGAUUUAUUGUAUUAAAAUUUUGGGUUUCCACAAAAAAACUGUCUCUAAGAAACUGAAGGAAAUGCAAAAGGUCUUGCAACUGUCCUCACUCUCCCCAACCAAAGAUUAACAAAGACCGAGGCUGUCAAGUUUCAAAAUGGUAAAUAAAACGCUUGAAUAAGUCUUUAUGAUGUCAUUUAUAAAUGUGUGUUCAUUUCUUUUGUGUUCACUGAAAGUUGAAAGUUACAAAUGCUUCAUACAUUGUGAGGGUGAGUAAAUGUUCACUCAAUAAAUAUUUGGAGAGUUU